UAAGACAUUGGAACACUUGAUCAAGUUGUUGACAGGAAGGUUUGCCGUUUGGGAAAAUGCGAAAAAGACACAAAAUAUGGACAAAAUGAGAAAUUUAGAAGUAGUCUCAUUUGUAAUUUUAUUCUUUUUCCCAUUUGUGACACAUUGUGAUGAACAGGAGUGCUACAAUGGCACAUGCAAGUCGGAAUACGUUCCCCAUGGACCUUUGGUUCACUGUAAAUACUUACCAAUGGAAUUUCUUAACUGUUCAGAGCCUCUUGACUUGAAUGGGAAUGAUACAAGACAGAAAGAGCUUGGACAUGGAUGUUUAAAGUAUGGAGGACAGAGACAUGAGGACAUUGAGUACACAGGUGUGGUGUGUUCAGUUCUACAGGGAAUCGCUUGUUACGGAAACAGAACUUUCAUAAAGGAGGGGUUUCCUUGCAUCAAAUACAAUGGACACUAUUUUGUGACCACCCUUAUCUAUUCAGUGCUACUGGGAUUUCUGGGUAUGGACAGAUUCUGUCUGGGACACACAGGCACAGCAGUGGGUAAAUUACUGACUCUGGGAGGAGUGGGAAUCUGGUGGAUUGUGGACAUUGUCCUCCUGGUCAAUGGGAUGUUGACCCCUGAUGACGGCAGUAACUGGGUCCCUUAUUAUUGAGUCAUUAAUUAAUUAUAAAACACGAUCUCAUAUUGCACCAGCAUAUUGUAAUUAUUCAUAUAUAUAGUGGAAGAUAUUUUAUUAUUUAAAUAAUUCUUGUAAAUGUAUAUGAGUAGAUUUUUUUUUUUACAUUUAUGAAGUCGUAGUAUGGCACAAAGAAGAAAAAGCAAUUGCUCAAUGUACCUAUUCUGAGGCUUGUAUUUGACAUAAAUAUAUUUAUUGAAGGUUUGCAAAACCUAUUAUUAUACCUUGUUAUAAUUAUUCUAUACAACAUGUUAUCUGAUUGGUUCUAGAUUAUCACAUGACAGGGCCAUAAAACUUCACAUUUCCCUGUCGUUGUCAUGCUUUUCAUCAUAUUCAACCUCUUAGGAGACCUGGUACAUUUUCCCACAAUAGUUAUCGUUCGUUGAACGAAAACUCCCGAUAAUAGUUAAGACGUCACAAUAGCCUGGUUCACGUCAUAAAGUUGCUGAUGGACUUCUAUAAAUGGUUUCAGUAACACUACUUUAAAAUUGAAAGUGAAUUUAAGAGCCGUGCCGAAUUUGAAAGUUUUUGUUUAUUUUAAAGUUUUUGCUUGUUUUGGUAUAAUAAACAAAAUAUUGCAUGAAUGUUUGGGAAACAUGAAGAUUUAUUCAGCCAAGAAAUAUAUUCCUCUUGGGCGAAGCCCUCGGGGAAUAUGAUUUUACCUGGCUGAAUAAAUCUUCAUAUUUCCCUCACGAUCAUGCAAUAAAUGUAUAAUGUGUCAUAAAUUCUAGUUAAGAACUUAAUUCUUGUUCUGUAUUUCAAGCUCAAUGAUAUUGACUUUUGUGAUUUAUUAUCUAACACAGCAGUAUAUCAUGUUGAUGUAUUGAGCAAGUAUUCUCGAUCCUGUUUUAAUGUACAUGUUGUCUUGCUGCUUGGGGGGAUUCUGAAGUACAUGUAAUUAUGUUACAGUUAGAAGAAAUAUUGUCCAUUGAAAUAUUAGAAUCAUUCAAAUUACUCAUUUUGAAAAACUCACAUUUUGUAUAGAAAAAAAUACAUCUUUUAGCAAACAAAUGUUGCAUUGAUAUUGGUGCAAAAAAUGCUGGACAGAUUACAGAUGUCCAAUUAUGAGCAAUUAAAUGCAGCAAUAAUAGCCAAAUUCGGAAUUCCUGUAUUUGUACUAAUUGUAGUAUGUGGUACAUGUGUAUGAAUUUAAUUUCAAUUUAAAUCAUUAAAAACACAAUCCCAGAAAUAAUUUCAAAUUAGUUUAUUUGAUUUGUUGUCUUUUGUUAUUUACAUAUAUUUUCUACAGUUGUUUACAAGCACUGUACCAAAAAAUACUAAUGAAAGAAUAA